AGAGGAUCGAGUUCGUCAGCGAGCAUUGUCGGAGAGGAGGUUUUUGGUGUGGCAGAGGAUUCAUCCACAGUACCUUCUGCGAGAAGGUGGUCGUUCGACUUGUAGAAGGCGGUGGCGAGUUCUGCCCGCACCCAAACUAUUAAUUUUUCCCCCCUCAUCGAACCCUCCCGCAUCAACAAAGCACUUUCUUACCCCUGAAUACCUUGAUCCCCGGUAUUCACCCUCUUUCUUCAAGCUCUCCUAUCUCCUAUUUUCCCGAAUACAACCCCUUCACAUCUAUUUCGCCAUGUCUGACGUUGCGGAGACCAAGCCCGACCCCACCACCCAGGCUCCUGAGGCCGACAAGCCCGAGACCGCCACCACCGGUGAGGGCGAGAAGACCGUCACUGAGGCUGCUACCGACAAGGCCGCCGAGGUUGCCGAGACCGCCAAGGAUGCUGCUGUGAAGACCUCCGACACCGUUUUCUCCAUGUUCGGUGGUGGCCCCAAGAAGGAGGAGAAGCCCAAGGCGGAUGAGGAGGAGAACGACCGCUCCGGCUCCGCAAAGGCCCAGAAGGAAGAGAAGGAGGAUGAUGUUGAGGCUGACAAGGUCGUUGCCGAUUCCAGCUGGGUUAAGACGGAGUUGAAGGAUGUGGUCGAGGUCAAGACCCACGAAGAGCUUGAGGAGCAGGUUUUCAAGAUGCGCGCCAAGCUCUUCAAGUUCGACCCUGAGAGCAAGGAGUGGAAGGAGCGUGGCACUGGUGAUGUCCGUCUGCUCAAGCACAAGGAGAACCAGAAGACCCGCCUAGUCAUGCGCCGGGACAAGACCCUCAAGGUCUGCGCCAACCACUACGUCGUUCCUGAGAUGAAGUUGAGCCCCAACGUCGGCAGUGACCGCAGCUGGGUCUGGAACACCACCGCCGACGUCUCCGAAGGCGAGCCCGAGAAGCAGACUCUUGCCAUCCGCUUUGCCAACAGCGAGAAUGCCAAUUUGUUCAAGGAUGCUUUCGAGAAGGCCCAGCAGGAGAACGAGAAGGUCUUCGGUUCUUCCGAAUAAAUACGUAUCACAUCGUGCCUCUCCUUUUCCUUCGGCAUGAAGGAGCCCCCAAGCUCAUCAGCAUGAAAUGCUUGUCGCCGACGGGCCUUGCUACGUGAACCAUGAGCUUACGCUCCAGUCUCACCCAGUUACCCAUCCUACAAAUCAACUCCCCCCAAAUACGAAAGAAUCAUGACAUUUCCCUUUACUCUCCCCAUCCAUACCUCUGUGACCUUCCUCUUUCCCCCCCUUUUCCCCGACGACGUGACGAUCAAGGCAGUCAAUGAUGAUGAUGCUGUUCGUAACAGCUAUCGUGAUGUGAUUAUGAAACGGAGGGCAGUUCCUUGAUGUCUUUUGGUCCACAGUCGGCAGUAGAUAGACAU